UUUUUGAAACGAAAAGAAGCUCUAAAGGAUACACCAUGCUGAAAGCCCUCGUGAUUUUCUUUGGCCUCCUGGCUCUCUGCAACGCCGCCUCCUUGGGAGACCGGGCCGCCAGCAAUGCCACCACUGUCUGCCAGUCGGAGGACGAAUUGUGGGGCGGCGAGGACAUUCGCAAGUUCUACUUCUGCCUGGACGGCACUGUGAUCGCCGACGAGUGCGAUCCCGGCUACUACUUCGUGAACAAUGGUACCAUAAUGGGCUGCCUGGAGUCGGACAUGAUAAAUCCCUCCUGCGUGAACCUGGACACCAAGGUGCCCGACUGCACGGGAGAAAGCAAGAUGCAGCCCCAGUACUGCGACGAUCCGGCCAGCUUCUAUCUGUGCACCAGCGAGGGAGCCAAGGAGGUGGCCUGUCCCGAUGGUAAGGCCUUCAUCAACCAGGGCGGCUACCUGGGAUGCUUCGAGUGGUCCGUGUGGCGCUCACUGCGCAACUGCGUCGAUGACUGAUGAUAUGAGAUAUGUGAGAUAUGAUGUCCAUUCGUCUGGCAUUUUAAUUAUAGUUCUUCGUCGCGAUUAAAAGUGUCCGAGUUGAAAUGUUAUUAACUUUAAA